GACACACAGACUCCUCUGCCCAGUGCUAUCACUGACGUGGUAAACCUUGGACAGGGGAAUCCUAAAUGAUCUGCUGGGGGGCUAUAAAUGCCUCUGAACGAGCAGAGGCUGGACUGAACCACUCUGAACAACAGCACAACUGGGACAGAUCACCUGGACACGUGUGUCUCAUCGAGUGGUCUCCUUCAAGACAAGUGCCUCUGUUCAGGCUGUAGUUUUGUCAGCUGAGGUCUAAAAGAACUACCUUAAGGUGCACUGGGUUAAGGUGAGACAGGUAGAGAGGGAACACGGUUCAGACCAGAGAUAAGUCACGUACUGAACUCAAAGGCAGGUGAAGUGGGCUAACAGAAGUGUUUGGACAGCUUUAGCUUUGAGAAACUACACAAUUGGACAAUGGCACCACGACCAAAGCAAGAGGAUGAAUCUGAAGGGAAGCCAACAGAAACACUUGACGUUCCCCAAAAGAAGUCUCUGUCCAUGGCCCCUGCUCUUUCCACAGCGGCUCUGAUUGAGGAUGAUCCCUGGGACAUGCCUGAAUUGCAGGACACAGGAGUUAAAUGGGCAGAUCUGGACACUAAUGGGAAGAUCUUGAGAGUUAUAAUCACAGUAGCAAAAUUUAUUGUGCUGGUUGGUUUGCUCUACAUGUUUGUUUGCUCACUGGACAUCCUCAGCUCAGCUUUCCAGCUUGUUGGAGGGAAAACAGCAGGGGACAUCUUCCAGGAGAAUGAAGUGCUCUCAAACCCUUUGGCAGGCCUGGUAAUUGGGAUGCUGGUAACUCUCCUAGUCCAGAGCUCCAGCACCUCCUCAUCUAUUGUGGUCAGCAUGGUCUCUUCUGGAUUGCUGGAUGUCUCAACUGCUGUUCCUAUUAUUAUGGGGACCAACAUUGGCACAUCAGUCACAAAUACUGUUGUAGCCAUGACACAAGUUGGCGACAGGAACAAGUUCCGCAGGGCAUUUGCGGGAGCCACAGUGCAUGAUUUCUUUAACUGGCUUUCUGUCCUGGUGCUGUUGCCACUGGAAAUUGCCUCAGGUUACCUGGUGAGGCUCACAGGCCUCAUAGUGACUUCAUUUAAUAUCCAGAGUGGAGAAAACGCACCAGCCCUUCUGAAUGUUAUCACUGACCCGCUCACGCAAUCUAUCAUUGAGCUGGAUGAGUCUGUGAUAAGCGGCAUCGCCAUUGGAGACCCUGAAGCCAAAAACAAAUCUCUCAUCAAGGUCUGGUGCCAGACAGCCUCAAACACGACUCUCCAGAAUGUGACAGCAACAAAUUGCAGUGACUAUUAUUGUUGGGAAUUGAAAAAUGUUACAGAAAUUAUAAACAUUAAAAAAUGCAAUCACAUCUUUGUAAACACAAGCCUUUCUGACAUGGCGGUGGGUCUGAUUCUACUGGCUUGUUCUCUGCUCGCCCUGUGCACUUGCCUAAUUUUGAUCGUGAAACUGCUCAACUCAAUGCUCAAGGGCCAGGUUGCUGUUGUCAUCAAGAAGAUAAUGAACACUGAUUUUCCAUUUCCAUUUGCAUGGCUGACUGGAUACAUUGCAAUUCUGGUUGGAGCAGGAAUGACCUUUAUUGUCCAGAGCAGUUCUGUCUUUACCUCGGCUAUAACUCCUCUUGUUGGUAUUGGUGUUAUAAAAAUUGAAAGGGUAUAUCCUCUUUCGCUGGGAUCCAAUAUUGGAACAACUACCACUGCAAUAUUAGCCGCCAUGGCUAGUCCAGGGGAAACACUUGGAAAUUCAUUACAGAUCGCCUUGGUUCAUCUCUUCUUCAACCUCUCCGGGAUUUUGCUGUGGUACCCAUUCCCUUUCACACGUCUCCCCAUUCGAAUGGCAAAGGCUCUUGGUCAAAUAACAGCCGAGUACCGUUGGUUUUCGGGCUUCUACAUCAUCUUCUGCUUCUUCGCUUUACCUCUAUUCGUCUUCGGCCUUUCUUUGGCCGGUUGGCAGGUCCUUGUGGGGGUUCUUGUUCCCAUAGUGGCUGUUCUGAUCUUCGCUAUCAUUGUUAAUAUUCUACAGAAGCACAAACCUCAGUGGCUUCCUUCCGCUCUCCGGUCUUGGAACUUCCUCCCUCUUUGGGCCCACUCUCUUGAACCAUGGGAUAGAGUGGUUUCCAUAAUAGCCGCUCGCUGUUGCUGUUGCUGCAAGUGCUGCAAUGUUACGGAAGAAGAUGAAGAGAAGGCAAAACAUGAAAAGAUAGAGAUGUAUGAUAAUCCGACAAUGACUGAUGAGAUCAAGGAGGCCAAGAAAACAUCAGACAGUUGUGAAAUCCUCAAGGCAACCUCUUUAUAGAGAUUAACAGAGCACUAUGGGUUAUUACCUAUCAUAUCCAACUCAAACUGGAAUAGUUUUGUUAAUACUUGAAGUUGACAGUAAGUUAUAUAGUAAGUUAUAUCAGUGGACUUAACAGGAAGAAUAAAGAGAAAACCAGUAUAUUUAAUUUCACCAUUUAUUUUUAAAGUCUUAAAUUUAUAUUUGACAUUUUUAUACAAAGAUUCUAUUUUGUACAGGACAUUGUAAAUGUUAUUGUUAAAUAUACAAUCUUAUGUUACACACUGUGAGAUUUUUUGAUUGUUCUUUUACAUGUAUCAACAUGAAAUGCAUACUUUUAUUUUAAUACCUCUUGUUGGAAAUAAAUGCCAUCUAUCACACAAACAAGUCUAAUGUAAAAUCUGUUUUAAAUCAGAGUGUUCUGUGCAUUAUUCUCCAUUUUACUGUUGUCCUUUUAUUUAUUUAACAUGGGCCCAUACUGUAAAAAAUUGCCAUGAUUUUAGAAUAUUAAACUGUAAUUUCUUGCAGUAAAUUACUGUAUUUGUAAUUUUAAUAGUGUUACAAAACACAACUGGUUGCACUGUGAUACAUGGAUAAAGCAAGAUUGACUUUUAUGUCUGAUCAUUUAGUACUAUGCAGUACAAAUAUUUUACUGUAUAGUACAGAAAUAAUAUAAUUUUUUAUAAACAAGGAGGAAUUAAUGUUGUUAUUGUUAAUCGUUGUGAUUCUACAGGACAAUGUCUUUGUCAUUUCCUGCUCUUGUUCACUGUGAAGUCAAUGUAUUUUGUAAUUUAAUUGUGAUGAAUUCUAGAACUAUUGUAAAAAAA